AUGCCAGCCAACCUCACCUUUUCCAAUCACACCGUGCCGUCAGACACUGAUUACAACUUUCCCGCGCUAAUCUUCGGGAUUUUGCUAAUCGUUGUUAUCGUUUGCGGGAAUUUGCUCGUGUGCCUUAGUGUAUACACGGAAAAAGCUUUAAAAACUACAACCAACUACUUCAUAGUCAGCUUGGCUGUUGCAGACCUAUUGUUGGCGGUGCUGGUUUUGCCGCUCUUUGUGUAUGCAGAGUUCCAGGGCGGCACGUGGGCCCUGAGCACGGGCAUCUGUGAUGGUUUGAUGACCAUGGAUGUGAUGCUGUGCACAGCCUCAAUAUUCAACCUCUGCGCCAUCAGCAUAGACAGGUUUAUUGCUGUGUCCAUCCCUCUCAAUUACAACCGCAAGCAUGUAGACCAGAGGCAAGUCCUUCUGCUCUCUGCCACCUGGAUUUCUGCCUUGGCAGUGGCGUCCCCAGUAAUUUUUGGGAUCAACAACGUGCCACGCCGGGAUCCCUCAUCUUGCAAGCUGGAGGACAACAACUACAUUGUUUACUCGUCGGUGUGUUCCUUUUUCAUCCCCUGUCCCAUCAUGCUGUUGCUGUACUGUGGAAUGUUCCGGGGCUUGCGCAAGUGGGAGGAGGCACGGAAGGCCAAGCUGAAGAAUAGCAUCCAGGCACGCAACAAGCUGCAGCGCGCUGUCACCCUGCCCCUGCCACUGCCACUGCCCCCACCCCAAACCCCUCCACCCCCACCACCGCCCCCAGUCCCCGGCAUCGAGCGGGACCCUACCGGCGUCAAGUUGGAUGAGCUGGCCCACUACUCACAGCCCGAAUGUCCCUUCCCGUCAGGGUUCAAGGACAGCCCCAUCCAGACUGUGUCCUACCCUAGUAGGAGGUACGGCCAGCCCCCCUUCAAAAAGAAGAGGGCCAAGAUCAACGGCAGGGAGAGAAAAGCAAUGAAGGUGCUCCCUGUUGUAGUAGGUGCCUUUCUCUUCUGCUGGACGCCCUUCUUCGUGGUCCACACCAUGCGUGCCCUGUGCAAGUCAUGCGACAUCUCACCUCACCAGAUGAGCAUUGUCACCUGGCUUGGCUACGUCAACAGUGCCCUCAACCCCAUCAUCUACACCGUUUUCAACACAGAGUUUCGGAACUUCUUUCACAAAUUUCUGCACAGCUUCUGCUAGCCAUGGCCUCCAAGCCACCAUACAGAGAAAA